CCAGGAUCUUCGGCACUUCGAGCGCACGGAAGAAGAAUGAGCGAACCUGCUGAUUGGCUAUUUUCUUGCGUUCGAUAAAAACCAAUCAGCAUGUAUAUUCCGUUUUGGGCCUUAUUGGACGCCCAGUUGAAAUUAGUAAGGAGUAGUCAAAGACAGUUCGAAAUCUUCUCAUCAUUUGGAGAACAACACCCCUUAGUAUCGUUGGCAGUUCUUCAUUCGUUCAUUCACUACUCUUACUUGUAAAUAAGUUACCCAAGAUUAAUUCGGCGGGUAACAAGUGCAGUGCUGUGUCAUCGUUAUCGGACACACGUACGCACAGACAUGGAGAAUAUAGCAGGAAAUGAGACUCAACAAAUAGCUCAUCAAAUGUCAUCUUUAAUGAAUAUGCCUCCAAAUAAUCAUGGAGUACCAGGAAUAGAUCCUCCAAAAACAUUACCUAGUUUAUUAAGUCUGAAAGUAAGUCCGCCAAGUGAAUUACAAAAUCAGGCUUCAUCGGAUGAUAAUGGUCGAGAUGCAGAUAGUGAUUCCAUGAAAUUACCAGCAGCUUUAGAACAAGCUCUAGCUUUUAAAACUGAAAGAGCUAAAGAAGUGGGAGCAGAUCCAAAUGAUAUAGUUUCAUUAGGAAAGUCACCAAAUCAUGAAACUAUAGGAGAAGAUGUAUCUCAGUUAGAUGAUGUCAUACUUGAACCUGAAACAACAACAGAGAAAAUAGAUGUGAAGACCAAUAAGACCAAAAAGAAGAAAAAGAAAAAGAGGAAGAAACACAAUGGAAAGGAGGUGGAAAAUAAAAAGGACAAUGCAGAAAAUGCAAAACCAAAAGAAGAUUUGCCAGAAAUUGAAUACAUUCAAGAAAUUCCAACAGUUAAUGACUUAGAACCAAUGUAUCGUCAAUUUGCCAGAAUAUUUGAGGCAUUCAAACUAACUGAACCUGAACCAAAAUCUACAGAGGCAGAAAAGGGAGAACCAAUAGGACAGUACCCACCAGUGACAACAUUACAAACAACAGGUACUGUACCAAGUAAAGUACCACCAUUGGAUGAUUUUGAUGAUGAUGCAAAUCAACAGCAACAACAGCAAGGAACUGGAGAGAAUGGAGCUCCACGACUAUCCAAGAGGAAACUGAAGAGGCUGACGCGUUUGAGUGUUGCAGAAUUAAAACAACUUGUAGGACGACCAGAUGUUGUAGAAAUGCAUGAUGUUACUGCAAGGGACCCAAAACUUCUUGUACAACUAAAAGCCCACCGUAACACAGUGCCUGUACCCAGACACUGGUGUUUCAAAAGGAAAUAUUUACAAGGAAAACGUGGUAUAGAAAAGCCUCCUUUUGACUUACCAGAUUUCAUAAAACGCACAGGUAUUACAGAAAUGAGGGCAAGUCUUCAAGAACGAGAUGAUACACGUACGUUAAAAGCUAAAAUGCGAGAAAGAGCAAGACCUAAGCUUGGCAAAAUAGACAUUGACUAUCAGAAAUUACAUGAUGCAUUCUUUAAAUGGCAAACUAAACCUCGUAUGACUAUUCAUGGCGAUUUAUAUUAUGAGGGUAAAGAAUUCGAAACUCGAUUAAAGGAAAAGAAACCUGGAGAACUGUCUGAUGAAUUGCGUACUGCCCUUGGCAUGCCAGUAGGGCCUAAUUGUCAUAAAGUACCACCUCCAUGGUUAAUUGCUAUGCAGCGGUAUGGACCACCACCAAGUUAUCCCAACUUAAAGAUACCUGGUUUAAAUGCACCAAUUCCGGAAGGAUGUGCAUUUGGUUAUCAUGCUGGUGGUUGGGGAAAGCCUCCCGUAGAUGAAACAGGUAGACCUUUGUAUGGAGAUGUAUUUGGUAUAUCUCGUACACCAGGUGGAGAUAAUAUGGAUGAAGAAAUAGAUAGAGGUAUGUGGGGUGAACCUGAAUCAGAAUCUUCUGGAGAUGAAGAUGAAGAUGAAGAUGCAGAGGAAGGUGGAGAAGGUGAAGGAGAAGGAAAAGAUGGAGAUGGAGAUGCGAGUGGUUUAGUUACACCUGGUGCAGAAGGAUUAAUAACACCUAGUGGAAUAACAUCAAUUCCGGCGGGAUUGGAAACUCCAGAAACAAUAGAAUUAAGGAAAAAAAAAAUUGAAAGCGAAAUGGAAGGAGGUGAUACUCCUGCUUUGUACACAGUUUUGCAAGAAAGACGAACAGAAGGUCUUGGAGCAAGCAUGAUGGGUAGUACGCAUGUAUAUGAUAUGACUGGUGCAGCAGGAGGUCAAGCACCACCAUCUGUAAUUGCCGCACGACGUGGAGUAAGUGGGACAACAUCAGAUGGAAGAACGGAGAAAGAUGGAGCUGUUGAAUUAGCAUUAGACCCAAGUGAAUUAGACCUAGACUCUGAAGCAAUGGCAUCACGGUACGAAGAAACAAUGAGGUCGCGACAAGCUCAUUUAAGGAGAGAAGAUUUAUCAGACAUGCUUCAAGAUCAUGUACAACGGCAAAAAAGUAAACGCAAACGGCAACAAAGUCAAGAUUCGAAAGCCUCCAAGAAAUACAAAGAAUUCAAAUUUUAAGCAUAAUUAAUUAAAUGACAUAUUAUAUAAAAACAAAAAUUACUUAUUUAAAAAAUAUAGAAAUUAAAUAUAGCGUCAGUA